AUGAAAGAGGAUGCUCUGUGUCUGUACGCGGUGUGUGAGCUUGGAGACAUGGACAUUGGGAAAGAUGCCACAAUUGAAAUGGAGGUCGAAAUGAAUUCGGGAGUUUUAAACAUCUCACCGGUGAGGACUGUGCAGUGUAUACUAAUUGUAUAGGUUUUUACGUAAAUUAAUAAGUAUUUAGGUGACAUUUACCCCCAUCUCUCUCUCUAAGGGAAGACAUGGUGUCAUGCUGUUAGAGACCACUGCUGUCAUAUCGCCCAAGAAGGACCCAUUUAUUUGGUUCUUACAAGAAGACCCCAUUACAGUG